AUGAGGCUGUAAAGACUGAGCUGUUCUCUGUCUCUUACUGAACGCUCCUUCUGCAAGAACAGGAAGAUUGUGAGGUGAGGAGAAAGCCAGGAAUAUCAGUCCACCAGAAAAAUACAGAAAAAGUAAGGAUGCAGCCAGAAGAGCUUGAGUCAUUGGCGACGCUUCAGCCUCCAAAUGCAUUCGUCACCCCAGCAUACCUGGAUUUUUUCAACUCAACAGAGUGGGAUCUAGUCUACUCCAUCAUUCCACCGUACAUCUUCACCGUGUGCUUGACAGGAAUUGUGGGAAAUUUUUUCGUAUUGCUAGUGUUUCUGCUCCAGGGAAGCCGCUGGUCCGUGCCUGAGAUCUAUCUUGGUAAUCUGGUGCUGGCUGACCUCCUCCUACUAGUCUGUCUGCCGUUUUGGGCCAUGAACAUCCUGAACUAUUUCAUGUGGUCUUACGGAGAGAUCAUGUGCAAGGUGGUCAACCUCUCCAUCAACGUCAACAUGUACACCAGCAUCUACAUGCUAGUGAUGGUGAACGUGGACCGCUACCUCGCGCUCGCCUUGACCAUGAAGGCCAUGUGGCUUCGUCGGAAAAGCUACGCCAAAUUCAUUUGUGUCGUUCUUUGGCUGUUCGGUGUGGGAAUGGGAGCUUCGACAGUCUGCAUACGAAAACUGAAAGAUAUUCCAGGUCACCAAGCCGUCGAAUGCCACCUGGAUUAUCCCAACACAAGUUGG